CAUAUGAUUCGUAACGUUGACAACACAAAACGAAAACAUGGGUGAUUAAUUAGGCCGGUUUCAAAUCAAAAUUACUGGUGCAUGAACAAUCGAAAUUCCCGUUUGUCUCGAAACUCCACACAUACACAUACACCUCCACCACACACAGACACCAUGACCUGCCCCAAGAGUGAGUUGGAGGCUGACAAGCAUGCGCUGGUGGUCUCCGAGUUCAUCCCCAACCGACUCUACUUCGUCACUUUCCGCAACAAGACUCACCGCAACACCACCGACUUCCAUUACUUCACCACGGACGACGAGUUGGUCUACAAUAACUAUUACGCGGAUUUCGGUCCGCUUAACUUGGCUGCCGUCGCCAAGUACAUAAACAAAAUGAAUUUCAAAUUAAAAUCACCCUCUCUGGCCUCCAAGGUGAUCGUGCAUUUUACGUCAUCCAACGAGAAGAAACGGGUCAACGCCGCUUUUCUAAUCGCCGUGUAUGCUAUCGUAAACCUCAAGAUGACUCCGAACGAAGCUUACAAUCGUCUUUGCUCCUUGAAAUACCCUUAUACGUCAUUCCAGGAUGCCAGCAUGGGAGAGUCCCAGUUCAAAGUGAGGCUGAUCGACUGCCUCAACGCGGUCCGCAAGGCAGUAUUCUUCGGCAUCGUUAAUUUCGAUGACUUCAAUAUCGACGAGUACGAGAAAAUGGACAACAUCAAGAACGGAGAUGUCAGUUGGAUCGUGCCUGAGAAAUUUCUGGCAUUCUCAGGCCCCGUCGACAGUCCUGGGGAGGAGUGUUACCACGCCCCAGAGUACUACCUGAACUACUUCCGUGAAAACAAGGUCAAUACUGUGAUUCGCCUCAACGUCAAGAUGUACAACUCCAAGUCUUUUAGCAACGCUGGUGUGGCACACUACGAGCUAUACUUUGUAGAUGGCAGCGUUCCCUCCCAUGAGAUUGUGACACGCUUCUUUGACAUUACAGAGAACGCUUCAGGUGCAGUUGCCGUCCACUGCAAGGCAGGUUUGGGGAGGACUGGUUGUCUGAUCGGAGCCUACCUCAUCAAACAUUAUCGGAUGACUGCGCUGGAAGCUAUCGCAUGGAUGCGAAUUUGUCGUCCAGGUUGUGUUAUCGGUUACCAGCAGACCUGGCUGGAGGAGAUGGAACCUGCCCUUUGGAACAUGGGUGACUCGUACCGGUUGCGCUAUCACGGGGGUGUAGAUCGCAUUCAUAACCACAAGUACGGUAUCUACAGCUUCCGCAACAAAGAACCGAAUCAGAUGCAGAGUGUGGAGGGGCUUUCAUGUGACUGCAGGGACAUGCAGCAAGGUUCCACCCCCACUCUCUACCCCCACCCAUCCUUGCACGCAUCUCCUACUGCGACGAGCAGCAAGACAGAGACACAGGGGGACAAACUCAAUGCUGUUAAGCGGUGGCGGGAUAUGCAGCAGACAGUCAAGAGCUUCAAGAAGGUGUUGAAAAAGACGCACUAAAAGUAAAUGAACCUACAACAUGAAA